CGUUCUGUUUCGCGGCAUCUGCCCUUCAUUCGUAUCCCAAGCCCGGUGGAGUUCAGACCUGCUGCUUCGACGAAAGUGUACUUUGGAUCACAUUUUUCAACCAUUAUUCGACGCGCGUUUGCAGUGUUCUCCAAAAUGACCCCGAAAGCGACCACGGUCAAGCUGAACAACGGCCUCGAGAUGCCCGUCCUUGGCCUUGGAACCUGGCUGUCGAAGGAAGGUGAAGGAAUCGACGCGGUCAAGGCAGCUAUCGACGCCGGGUACCGGCACAUUGACACGGCGUACUUUUAUCAGAACGAGAAAGAAGUUGGCGAGGCCAUCCGCGCCAAGAUCGAAGAGGGCGUCGUACAGCGUGAGGACAUGUUUGUCACGACCAAGCUGUGGAGCACCUACCACCAUCCGGACCACGUGGAGCAGGCAUUCCAGAAGUCGUUGGAGAAUUUGAACAUUGACUAUAUUGACUUGUACCUGAUGCAUCUGCCGAUUGGGUACAAAUUUAUCGAUUGGGACACGGCCAACCUGAUGCCGUACGACGCCGAUGGCAAGCUGCAGUUUUCGGAUGUGGACUUUAUCGAUACCUGGAAGGCGAUGGAGAAGCUGCUGAAGACGGGAAAGGUCAAGAGCAUUGGCGUGUCGAACUUUAACAGCGAACAGAUCACGCGUCUGCUAGCCGAGUGCGAAAUUAAGCCGGUCACCAACCAGGUUGAGUGCAACCCAAGCCUCAACCAGAGAAAGUUGACCGAGUUCUGCAAGAAUUUGGACAUUACGCUGACGGCGUACAGCCCGCUGGGACGUCCAAACUAUUACGAGAAAGAUCCAGAUAAUAUGCCGAAACCAGCGCUGGACGACCCGAAAGUAGUUGAAAUCGGGAAAAAGUACGAAAAAACCUCCGGACAGGUGAUUCUGCGCUAUUUGAUUGACAUCGGUACGAUCCCGAUUCCGAAAUCGUCGAACCCGGAGCGCAUCAAGCAGAACAUCGAUAUCUUUGACUUCAAGCUGACCGAGGACGAAAUCAAAACCAUGGACGAAUUCCACACCGGAAAGCGCACAGUGCCGUUCAGUUUGUGUACCGAACAUAAGUAUUUCCCGUUCAAAAUUGAUUUUUAAGUUGAUAAAGAAUCUCACAAAAUUGUUAACUUUUGAGAAACGAUGGUAGUUUUGUUGACAAAACGACUCUAAUUAAAUUUCUGAAUCUGAUUAGUGUGUAUUUUGAACUUAAAUAAAGUAAUUUACCGAAA